UUUAUGUUUCAUAAUUUGAUUAAAGGCAAUUCCAUUUAUAUAUUGUUUUGGGUUGCUUUCACACAUCAAUUAUCUUAGUAUAAAUAAACCUUUAAGAUAUCAUCCGUACCCGAUAGAACAGCGCUACACACUACACAAUCUAGCACAUGCUCUUCUCUUCUGUUCUCUCUCGAUAUUGAUUGACUCAUCAUCGUCUUGAGCAAGAAGCGAACAAAACUAAAAUCAGAUGGACGUCUCAGCAGAUCGAACAACUUUUAAGCGUCACUCGUCGCUUUCAACGCUCGUGGCUCACUUCUUUGGCAUAUUAGCCGUUGUUCUAAUGCUCAUAUGGCUUCUACACUACCGCGAAGGCAUCGAGUAUGGCUCCGACAAUCCCCUUAAGGUUUUAAAUGUGCACCCAUUUCUCAUGUACUGUGGCUUUCUCUUCCUCGUCGGCCAAGCGAUGAUGACGUACAAAACGGCAUAUGCCUCGCACCAAGUACAGAAAAUGGUUCAUGGUGGGCUUCACUUAAUAGGACUAGUUCUAGGUAUUGUUGGAAUCUCAGCUGCCUUUAGAUUCCAUGACAAAUUAAACCUUAAAGACAUGGUCUCUCUUCACUCCUGGAUCGGCCUCACCACUUUCAUCCUCCUCGGCCUCCAGUGGCUACUUGGUGCGUUCACAUUUCUUGCGCCACAAUCUUCAUCAGGGACAAGAGCAAGGAUGAUGCCGUGGCACGUCUUAGGUGGUCGGGCUCUACUUUAUAUGGGUAUUGUCGCAGCACUAACCGGACUCAUGCAGAGAGCCACGAUGCUUGGUCAGAGCACAAACGCUGAGUCACGUCUCAUUAACUUCACCGGCUUAGCCAUUCUACUCUUUGGCGUUUCCGUCGACUUCUCCGUCGCUCUUGGCCGUUAUGGUUGACGGAUUCCUAUACUACCCUACCGUUAAUUGAUCUUUAUGUAUUGUAUCCUUCAGUGAGUUCUUUAUUUGAUUGUUUGUUUUGGUGUGUAAAUGUAAUUGGCGAGAUAUCUAAUUGGGGCCCUGAGAGUGAUUGUUUGAUAUUUGAUUCUAAAUUUUACUUUUUGAUGUUUUUUAUUUGUUGUUAUUUCAUCUUUGUUGCUUACUAAAAGUCAUUAUUUGCAUA